UUAUAAUACGCAGAUAGAAAUCCGCUUAAUGGCUUCUCUAAAAAAAUAUAUUUAUCGCCAUUGCUUCUUUAAGAAUUACUAUUUUCCUGCGAAUUCUAUUUCUAUACAAGCAUAACGACGACCGGUACUUAAAAGGGGGCACUUCGAUCAGGAUUUUCUACUUCCGCCAUGGCGUCUAGUAGAGGUAUGAUAAAAUUCGGUUCCCGUCUGAAAGAAUUAAGGAUCCAUUUGUGUCAGAAAUCGAACGAAAGUCAAGGUGUAAGAAAUUUCAUCGAGAAAUAUUACGUUCCCUUAAAACAGAGUAACCCGCAGUUUCCUAUUCUGAUUAGAGAAUGUAGCGGUGUCCAACCUAAAGUUUAUGCUAGAUAUGAUUUUGGAAAGGAAGACAGUGUGCCUCUAUCAAAUAUGAAAGAUGAAGAAGUCUUAAAAACAAUACAAAAUUUAGCCUCAAAAUAAUUGAAUACAUAUGUGAAUUUAGUGUACAGUAUUUUGCAUUAGGUAAAUUAAAAGUGUUAGACAAUAUUGUUAUAUUGAAAAUAAAUACUAAAAAUUAA